UUUUCGAUGAGAGGCGAAAAUUCUGGAAAAGAAAUUUCGAUACCAGUUUAUAAGCAAGUAUUUAGUUCGUGAAUAGUUAAAUAUAUUCUUCAUUUACCGGUAAUAUGGAACAGGUCGCCGUUUUAAAAGAUAAAGGGAAUCAAGCACUUUCUGCAAAUAAGAUAGAUGAGGCACUUAAAUAUUACACUGAAGCAAUUAACCUCGAUCCACAGAAUGCCGUUUUAUAUUCCAAUAGAUCUGCUGCUUACGCUAAAGCAAAUCAAUAUGAUCUAGCCCUAAAAGAUGCUGAAAAAGCUGUUGAAGUAAAGCCGGACUGGUCAAAGGCUUAUUCUAGGAAAGGCGCUGCUUUGUCUUAUUUAGGUAGACAUGAUGAAGCUAUUGCUACAUAUGAAAAGGGAUUGGAAAUAGAUCCAAGCAAUGCUCAGCUUACAGAAGGACUAAAUGAGGUGAGAGCUCAAAAAGCCAAGAAAAGCCGCUCUUUCCCAAAUCCCUUCUCUGCUCCAGACGUAAUACCAAAACUCAGAGCAGAUCCGAAAACAAGAGCUUUCCUUGAAGAUCCUGAAUACUUAGCACUUUUAGCACAAUUACAGGCCAAUCCACAAGCAAUGGGCACCAAACUGCAAGAUCCUAGAGUAUUGACCACCCUCAGUGUACUCUUAGGUGUAGAUAUUGGAUCUGAUGAACCUAUGGAUACUGAACCAGCGUAUACGCCACCUCCUAAGAAACCUGAACCAAAACCAGAGCCUAAGAAGGAACCGGAACCCGAACUACCAGAAAAUAAGAGCAAAAGGGAAAAAGAACAGGGUAACAACUUCUACAAAAAGAAAGAUUUUGAAAAUGCCAUUAUACAUUACAAUAAGGCUAUUGAACAUGAUCCUACCGACAUUACUUUUUACAACAAUUUAGCUGCUGUUUAUUUUGAACAAAAGGAGUAUGAACAAUGCAUAAAAGAAUGUGAAAGAGCUAUAGAUGUUGGUAGAGAAAACAGAGCUGAUUUUAAACUUAUUGCCAAGUCUUUCAUGAGAAUUGGCAAUGCCUAUAAAAAAUUGAAAGACUACAAAACAGCGAAGACAUAUUAUGAAAAGUCUAUGUCUGAACACAGAACUCCUGAAAUUAAGACAUUGUUGUCAGAUGUAGAGCGUAUUAUUAAGGAUGAGGAAAGGAAAUCAUACAUCAAUCCGGAACUAGCUGAAAAGGAAAAAGAAAUGGGUAAUGAUAUGUUCAAGAAGGGCGACUACGCUACUGCAGUGAAGCAUUACACUGAAGCUAUUAAGCGUAAUCCGGACGACGCAAAACUAUACAGUAACCGUGCUGCAUGUUAUACGAAAUUAGCUGCCUUCGAUUUAGGCUUGAAAGACUGUGAUAAGUGUGUAGAACUAGACCCGAAGUUUAUCAAAGGUUGGAUAAGAAAAGGUCAUAUUCUCCAGGGUAUGCAGCAACAGAGCAAAGCCAUUUCUGCCUUCCAGAAAGCUCUCGACUUAGAUCCGAAUAAUCAAGAAGCGUUACAGGGAUACAGGGCAUGUACUAUUGAAAACGCCAAUUUAGAUGGAGAUCCGGAAAAGAUCAGACAGCGGGCUAUGGCUGAUCCGGAAGUCCAGUCCAUUCUUAGAGAUCCUGCCAUGAGAAUGAUCUUGGAACAGAUGCAGAACGAUCCCAAAGCUCUGCAAGAUCAUCUAAAGAAUCCAGAUAUUGCUGCUAAAAUACAAAAACUUUUAGAAUCUGGACUUAUCGCAAUUCGCUAAUUGGUUAAGCUUUUUCUUUUUUACGAACUAGAAUGUUUUACUUGUGAAUUUGACUUCGAAUGACUGUUUCCAUAGUUUUCUUUUGUAUUUUAGGUUAUAACGCCAAUAAAGUCGAUAACUGAAACCU